CAUAAAGAACUCCUUCAUACCCACCAACCCUCUCACUUUUUCUUUGUUGUUAUUGAUUGAUUUUCACCAAGCAAAAUGACAGUGGCAGGAGUGGAAAAUGAGCAGUCAAACUGCCAAACUCUGAGAAUUAUUACACUCUCUAACUCAAAAACCAUCAUGGUCUCUUGUCAUGUGUUCUUCCUCCACUUGAUCAUGCUCAUCAUUGUAUUUUGCAGUCUUGGGAUACAUUCAGAAGCUUCUAUUAAUGAGUUCAUACAUUCAUCUCAUGGGGAUAAAAACCAUUCAAGCUGCAGAACACUUUUGCUACAUGGCACUUGCACAAACAGAGAUAUAAGCAUCUCACAAAGCAGAGAUUCCACAUCUGGAAUCCCACAGUACAUAGUCCAGAUUGUCAACACCUGUGUUUCUGGAUGUGCUCCUUCAGAUAUUCAUCUCCACUGUGGUUGGUUUGCCUCUGCAAGAAUAAUAAACCCAAGAACCUUCAAGAGGCUCUCCUAUGAUGAUUGCUUGGUUAAUGGUGGAAAAACUUUGAAGACUAGCCAAGUCAUCAGAUUUACUUACUCAAACUCCUUCAUGUACCCACUUGCAUUCAAGUCUGCCAAGUUCUGCUGAACCCCAAAACAAGUCCAAAUGAGGCAUGAAAUAAUAGAACCAAUUGCACCAUGCAUGAUUGAAAAAAAAAAUCCAAAAAAAAUUCAUGAACCCUACCAUUGUAACAGCCUUUUCACAACCUAGCGUUAACCCUUUUUAGAACUCUACAAAUCCUUGUUGGGUUCCUUUUCAAUAAUAUCUUAUUUUGAUAAUCGUUGCUGUCGAAAGUGUUCUAGCUAGCAUCCCCAUAAUAUACCUUGAAAGUUCCAUUACUUGGAAUUUAGUCUUCCCUAGUCAAAAGCUACUGUUUAUGUACCUGCAUGGCAAACAGAAGGUCUGAAACUUGGUGCUUCAUUUGUGGUCCGUGUGCUAUCAGUGCUGUCUCUCUCUCUUUCUCUCUCACUUUUGUUUCCUUUUGUCACAGAGAGAGAGAUAGAAGUUUGUCUUUUCUACUUUAUUUUUCUUCUAGAGCUGAAAAUGGGGGGCCUCUUUGCUAGAUAGGAUGAUUGGAGCAAUAGAGAGUGUGUGUCAGCAGUGCCUGAUUUGUGUGGAAGAAUUCACAAAAUAUUGAAUUAAAGCUGCGGCAUUGAACUUUACUUUCUCUCUCUCUCUCUCUCUGUGCAGUCGGCAGAAGAGGUUGGAUGUUAGCAUCAAGGCUCACAGCUCAAGAACAGAAAUUGAAGAAACCAAGCACCAGAGGAAUACCCUGGUUGUGAUCUUGAAGAUUCAUUUUUGUUCUUUCAUAUGUAUGCGAGUUGAGACUAGAGAGUAACCCUCUUGUCCAUAAGAAAAUACAAAAAAAGAUAGUGAGUUAACUCUUUUUUAAUCUAGGUCUGUAUCUUUUUGGCUGUCUGAUGCCUUGGUUAUCUAUAAAUAUUCAUACCUCCAAAGGGGUGU